UAUAUUUUGAGAAGCGCGUUUGGAUAAGCAUGGGUCAGACACUUUCGGAGCCGGUCGUGGACAAGCAUACCACUGAGGGUAGCGACAACAAGUACAUUUACGGUGCUUCGGCAAUGCAGGGCUGGCGAAUCACAAUGGAGGAUGCCCAUACCACCCUGCUCAAGGUCGGACCGGAUAACGAGUCUGCGUUCUUCGCUGUGUACGACGGCCAUGGCGGGCAGACGUCAGCGCUGUUUGCCGGCGACCAGCUGCAAAACUUCAUCGUCAGCAACGAGCACUAUGCUGCGGGCGACUUCGAGAAGGCCAUCAAGGCUGGCUACAUCAACGCGGAUGCGGAGCUCCGGAAGGAUCCGAAGAUGGUCAACGACUCGUCGGGCUGCACAGCCGUCAGCGUUCUGAUCACCAAGGAAGGCAAGGUGUACUGCGGCAAUGCCGGCGACUCGCGGUGUAUCAUCAGCACCAAGGGUCGGGCCAUCGCCCUGUCAAACGACCACAAGCCCAAAGACGAAAUCGAGUUCAAUCGCAUCAUGGCGGGCGGCGGCUUUGUCGAGUUUGGACGUGUCAACGGCAACCUGGCGCUGUCGCGGGCAAUUGGCGACUUUGAGUUCAAGAAUAACCCUGCGCUGCCGGCCGAGAAGCAGAUCGUGACUGCCGACCCCGAUGUCAUCGGCCACAAGCUUUCGGCGGACGACGAGUUCCUGGUCAUUGCCUGCGACGGCAUCUGGGACUGCAUGACAAACCAGCAGGUUGCGCAGUUUGUCCACGAGAUGGUCGCCAAGGGCUUGAAGCUGCCGCAGGUGUGCGAGGAGCUGAUGGACCGCUGUCUGGCCUCUGAGAGCGAACUGGGCGGCGUCGGCUGCGACAACAUGACUGUGGUCAUUGUUGGCCUGCUCAACGGCAAGACCGAGGACGAGUGGUACGCGCACGUGUCGACCGAGAUCAACAGGCCGCAGGGUGCUGCUGCUGCCGAGAUUGACGAGGCCAGCGAGCGUGUCAACGCCGUGGUACAGGAGAUCCGUUCUGCCAGGGCCGCAGGCGAGGGUGCCAAGGAGGAGCCCGCUGGCGCGUCUGGUGCCGAGGAGGCUCCGAAACCGUCGGACCAGUAA